AACAAAGGUUCUCCUUGGUAUCGCUCUGAAAGAAAUAAGCCAGACUGCCGCUCUUCAGGCCAAGGACCCUUGUCAUCCAUAAGAGCAGCAAUCAAGAGAUCACUCAUGAAUAGUGCACAUCAAAAAUGCCCCGUGGAAGAGCUUCUCGGACCUCUAACCAUAGUGAGCUGCAGAGGGAUAGAAGGCGUCCUGAAAUCACAAUAGUUGCUGCCGAACCCCUCCGGCCAUCCUCCUGGUUUCCAGGUGCAAGCCCUGUCACUCCGCAGGGAUUAGGAUUCCCUUCUGCCUCGUCUCAUGCUCAGUGGAGAACAAGUGAGCUUAUUCCAGCUGAGCAGCCACCAUCUUACGAGCAGGUGAUAAAAGAAAUUAAUCAAGUGCAAGUCAAUACAACAAAUAACAAUAAUGCUACUGCUCCUAGACAUACCACUACUUCUGCAACACAAACUGACUUUCCAGAGGAACUAAUAAGCCGUUUUCCAAGAAGUAAUGUAAAAAACAGUCUGCCUGCACGCUGGGAAUCUGCAAGUUAUCCAGCAGGGCAGGGUCCUCUGAAACCUCCUAGGCCUUCUGCGUCUCUCCUGAAUAGGUCUUCUUCAGAAAAUGAGACUCCCUUAAUAGUCUUUGAAAGCUCUGAUGAUCAGCGGUGCCAAGAAAAUCCCAAUGCUGUGAUAUAUCCUGUGCCAAAGCCAAGAUCAAAAAGCAAUCUUAGACCUGUGGUCAAAAGUACUGAAAGCAGAGUGCCAGACAAUGGGGAAGAAGUGAAUCAGGCCACCACAAGAAGGCAGCAACCUCUGACUCAGCAGUCAUCUCUUGUAGAUGAUAGCUUACUGGACAAUCCCUUGGCAGUGGACACUAUGAGUACAGAGAAGAGCCACAAUAGUAUUGUUUCAAGGAUCAAAGCUUUUGAAUCCCAAGCAACAACUGAUACCUCAGGAUCAUCAAAAAAGCCAGAAAUUGCUCCGCGAUCGUUUGCCCCAAGACCUGUAACUGCAAAGAAGCCAGUAGUUGCUCCAAAGCCAGGCAUAAGCAGAGUUUCAGGAGACUGGGAUUUAUGGACGGAAAGCAAGUCAACACCUUCUUCCAAGGAAUUGCAGCCUCAACCUGAAGUGGUUGGGAGCAGUGUUGUAACUAAACCUGAAUUGCCAAAAAAAACAAAACCUGGCAUUGUAAAAAGUGUUAGUAGCGAUUUUGUUCAUGCAAGGAGUGGGUCAGUUGCAGAGAACAGUGAUGGACAAAAGAAAUGUCCUGUUCCCGCUCCAAGGCCACUUGUUCCCAAAAAGUCACGUUCUGUAGAAAAUCCUACCCUUCCUUUGGCUUCAGUAAAACCAGCUGCUGCUGCUCCCCGUCUUUCUGCAUCUGCCCAAGAAAAGGCUUUCAAGUCUCUGGGAGAGUCGCUGGCAACCAAUUCCUCAUCACCUGCUUUGCAAAGUACACCAGAUGUGGAAGGAGAUUUGAUCAGUUUUGAUGAUGAGGUUUUACCUCUGAGUCCAAUUUGUAUAGUUAAAGAUAGCAGCAGUUCUGAAGCAGCAGCAGAUCCAUUCCAGCUCCUCUCCAAAAGCGAGCCUGUAAAGGAACAGACAGUUCAACCAGCUUUACCCCGGAAACCCACUGUUAUCCGAAUCCCAGCUAAACCCGGGAAAUAUAAAGUGGUCCCUUGCUGCUCUCUAGUGGCAAUGGAAGGUCCCACAAGGGGCUGCUCGUCUGGACUUAGCCCCAGUUACAGAGGGGUCAAUGGCGAUCAUGUAAAAAAAGUGGAGUCAGAUCAUUCAGAACAGGCUGGAACACCUCACCUAGAGCCUGCGCUUCCCCCAAGGCCUGUGGAUGGAAAGAUUAUACCAGCCCGACCUCCUCCACCGAAAGGUGCUCCUGGAAGGCCACCUCCACCAAAGCUCUCUGCAGCCAGGACCCCUUCCCGAAAGGACCCUCUUUCCCGCUCCACUUCCGACAUGGCUUGCGAUAAAAGAAACAGCAAGUUCAGAAUGGGACCCAAGAGAGCAAAGAGCCAAGUCUUAAAAAAUCAAGAUCCAGCAUUACCUCCUAGGCCUAAGCCGGGUCAUCCUCUCUAUAAUAAAUACAUGCUACCUGUGCCUCAUGGAGCUGCCAAGGAAAACUUUCUUCCCAGGAACCCCGGAGAACUGUCCUGUAAGGAUUCAAACACUCCUCCAAAGGCUUCUAACACAAGCGGGCCACAUGCUCUAGUCUUGCACGAUUUUCCUGCGGAACACGCUGAGGACUUGGAGCUUCGGUCUGGAGACAUCGUUUGCCUUCUGGAGAAGAUCGAUGCUGAGUGGUACAGAGGAAAAUGUGGGAAUCUCACAGGGAUAUUUCCUGCCAACUUUGUUAAAGUAGUUAUUGAUGUUCCAGAAGAAAACAACAGGAAAAAAAUACUCGGUGCAUCGCAUUGUAUUAAAGGUCCAAGAUGUGUUGCCCGGUUUGAGUAUAUUGGAGACCAGAAAGAUGAGCUCAGUUUUUCAGAAGGUGAAACCAUCAUCCUUAGAGAAUACGUAAAUGAAGAAUGGGCCAAGGGAGAGCUCAGAGGCACAUCUGGAAUUUUCCCCUUGAAUUUUGUGGAAGUAAUAGAAGACCUUCCUGAAACAGGUACAGGAGCAUCGCUGAAGAGCAAGGUGGAAGGUUCCUCUUCCCUUCCUCAGAACAACAGACAUUCAGUAGAGUGGUGUGAAGCACUACAUGAUUUUACAGCAGAAACCAAAGAUGACUUAUCCUUUAAAAAGGGAGACUGCAUCCAAAUACUGGAACAAGUAGAUGCAGAGUGGUACAGAGGAAGACUGAAUGAGAAGGAAGGGAUUUUCCCAGCAGUUUUUGUUCAGACCUUCUCAGCCAGGGUCGAGUCACAGUCACGAGGAGGGAAGAAAGGAAAAGCCAAAGCUCUUUACGACUUUCAUGGAGAAAAUGAAGAUGAGCUUUCAUUCAAAGCGGGCGACACGAUAACGGAGCUGGAAGCCGUGGAUGAGGACUGGAUGAGUGGAGAGAUGCAAGGAAAAUCGGGGAUAUUCCCCAAAAACUAUGUGCGAAUUUUAAGAACACCAUGAAGUGUUGCCUGCCCUCGU